AUGAAAAGCCAAUCGCUACUAGCCUCAUUGUCCCUCCUCCUCCCAACAAUCACAGCAUGCACCCCCUCCAUCCCAGCAUCACCACCCACCCUCCCAAACCCUUACAACGAUGACACCAUCCCCCUUUCCACCCGCGAAUACUGGAUCCACCAAGCCAACACCCUCGCCCUCUCCCACCCCUGCCCCUUCGCCGCCUUUGGUACCGUCAUCGUGAACCACACCUCUGCCAACCCCCAAGGAACACUUAUCUGCACCGGCUCUAACGGUAACUCCCGGAUAGGAAACCCAACUUUGCACGGCGAAAUCGCCGCCAUUAAUAAUUGCUCCUCUCUUUUUGUCUCUUCUGCGUAUAACAUGACACCUGCCGAAUCCCUAGCCGCAUUCAAGGACCUGACACUCUACACCAACGCCGAAAGCUGCCUCAUGUGCGCUGCCGCGGUGAGAUGGGCAGGGUUUAGGGAGUACGUUUACGGGGUUCCGAUCAAAGAGUUGAUUGAACUGGGAUGGGGGCAGUUGGACAUCGGGAGUGAAGAGGUUAUUGGGAGUGGCGUUGGAAUGAGGGAUAAGGACCCGGAGGUGGUGCUUGGUGGGGUGGGGAGGGAGCAGAGUAAAGUGUUGUUUGGGUGGCAGUUUGUGAGGGGCGAGUGUCCGCGUGGUUGUGAAAGGGGGAGAGUAGAAGAAAGGUGUCUGCCGGGUGGGUAG